AUGUGCGAGAAACGACAGUCAAACGGGCCCCUGAAGAAGGCGCGCUUCCAGCUGCCUCUCAACGAGGACGUCUCGAGGAGUCCGCUCAUCUCGCGGCGCCUCAGACCGACGCUUUACGCUCUCCGACACGGCGCCGCAGUACGCCAGGCGCUGGGUCCGAGUCCAGUCUCGGGACUCGACAACGUCGGCGAUCUGACGACCGGACCGCCGCCUGGCAACGGCUUUCUCUACAACCUGUUGUCGGGCCGAGAGGACGCGCAAACGGCUCGACGGCGAAGCCGUCUCUGUCCCGACGCGACGACGGGCCGCACCGCUUUCUCGUCCUCUUCCUCCACCUCCUCCGCAUCGUCGACGUCAACGACGCUGGUCGUCGGGUGCAGAGCCCCAGCCAACAGCGUUGCCUUGGUAGCCGACGCCUGCGGGACUCGAGAAACCGGACCACCGAACGCGGAGAAGCCGCUCGACUUGUCCUCGUGCCGCAGUCGAGCCCGGCGCCGAAGUCUGCUGACGGCCGGUCCGACAGACGCCGACGCCGCGGCGUCCUGCUACUGCGGCCACGAGGCGUCCGCCAGCCUGCAUCCGUGUCCCGGCAACCGAGUCCGGCCAACCGAAGGAGCCGACGUCGCAGGCCGUCUGCCCGAGCCCGGUCUGAGCGCAUGGACGUGGCCAUCGGUCCGGCCGACUUUGCUGGCGUCGCCGUUGACUCGGCGUCUCGGGACUCCGACCGACUUGCUGAAAAAGCCCGCCGACGAGGCCAACGCCGACGUUGACGUUGACGUUGACGUUGACGUUGAAGUUGAUGUUGACGUUGAUGUUGAUGUUGACGUUGACGUUGGCGAGACAACCAAACGAAGUAAGAGGUCGCCGCCGAAGCGGCGCUGGCGACUCAAACAGGCCCAUGCGAACGACGACGUCAACGACGGCGAGGCUAAAGGCGAAGAGGUAGAGCAGAGGAAGAGGGCGACUUUGCUGUGGCGACACGGACUGAGGCACGAGCACGGUUCUUCGUCGCCACCAAACCGUCCGGUCGCCAACUUGUCGGCCUUGGCGCCGGUCGGCAAUCCCCUUUUGUCGUUCGAUCGCUCCACGAGGCCGGAUGCCUCGCCGACCGACGCU